AUGCUUCCGGACAGGAAGAUGUAUGCAUUGUUGAACAGACCCCAAAAUAAGAGUGGGUUCAAAUCACUGCCUGUAGUGAUCAUAGGGAAUGGACCUUCAGGAAUCUGUCUCUCAUAUUUGCUGUCAGGCUACAUCCCUUACUUCAAAAGAGAAUCUCUUCAUCCUCAUCCCAUUCUUCAGAGGAAACUGGAAGAGGCACCAGGUGUCUCCAUUUUGGACCAGGAUUUGGAGUAUCUGUCUGAAGGCUUGGAGGGACGAUCCCACAGCCCUGUGGCUCUUCUGUUUGAUACUCUUCAGCGUCCCGACACAGACUUUGGUGGAACAGCAGAAUCUGUCCUUACUUGGUGGCACGAGACUGACAGAGCCAUCCCCCAUCUGGUCCUUGGCAGAAAUGCUCCUGGAGGUGCCUGGCAUUCUAUUGAGGGCUCUAUGGUUACCCUGAGCAGAGGGGAAUGGAUGGGACUCCCAGAUCUCCCAUUUAAGGACUGGCUAAAGCAAAAGAGAAGAGGCCUCAGGAACAACAGAGCCACAGCAGAAGACAUUGCUCAAUAUUACCAACACUAUGUGAUGAAGAAAGGACUGCAGAAGAAUUUCAGAUGUGGUACUGUUGUGACCUCUGUGAGGAAAGUGAGUGCAGAGAGCAUCUCCAACCAUGCACAGAAAGAUCUGCAGGAGAAUUGUGACUCACUCUGGAGCCUCAAUGAGAAAAGUAUGGAGGUCUUCCAGGUGGAUGGAUUUUUCAAAACUGUGAAAGGUGAUAAAGAGCCCUUUUCCAUCUAUGCAGAGAAUGUGGUCUUAGCUACAGGAACCUAUGAUAGUCCUACUUGGCUUGGGGUCAAGGGAGAGAACCUUUCCUAUGUCCAUCACAAGCUGUCUGCCUUAGAGGAAGCAGUGAAGAACAACAGCAUUGGCAUCACGUCGGAUCCAGUCUUGAUUGUAGGUGCUGGUCUGACAGCCGCUGAUGCGAUUCUCUUUGCUCACCAUUGUAAUAUUCCAGUAAUCCAUGUUUUUCGGAGACGAGUCAGUGAUCCAGGUCUUAUUUUUAACCAGCUCCCCAAAAUGAUGUACCCUGAAUACCACAAAGUCCAUCAGAUGAUGAAAGAACAGUCAGCUGCUUGUGCUGGGCCCUAUGAGUGUUAUAUUAGCCUUCCUGAACAUCAUGUGCUAUCCUUCGGCAAGGACAAGAAAUGUGUUUUUCAAGACAAAAAUGGUUACCAGAAAGUUUAUAAAAUUUCCAUGGCUCUUGUUCUAACUGGCUCAAACCCCAACCUCUCCUUUCUGCCAAAUAAUGGCCUUGACUUGGCAAUGGAUGGUGACCAACCAGUCAAUCCAAAGAGGAAUCCCAUAGAUGUUGACCCAUUCACCUAUGAAUGCACUCAUGAGAAAGGGCUUUAUGCUCUAGGACCUCUAGCUGGAGAUAACUUUGUACGCUUUGUACAGGGAGGGGCUCUGGCUGUUGCCAGCUCUCUGUUAAAGAAAGCAAACAAAAAUCCCCCCUAACAAAAACAAAUUCCUAUGCUAUCCGUGUCUGAAUGGGUAACUGCUAUUUUCUUAAAGAAGCAAAUCAUCUGAUUUGUACAACCUCAAAUGUAAAGCCCACUCCUGGUAUUCUCCAAGGUUAUGCAGAGAGUUACUAAGUUCUUGCUGAGUAAUUUGGGAAGAUUAAGUCACCAGAGUGGGUUUCACACAUGGCAGUACCCUCAGUCCCUGGGGAUUCAGCUCCUUUCCUGCAUAGUUGUGUAUGAAGGCUGCAGGGGCUUUGACUCUUUUUGCCUGGAAAAGUUGGGGGCAAGAUAGUGAUUGCUCGUCUAUGCAACACCUUCCAGGCUGCUGAAAACUGAAUUAGGGAACAAUCAAUUAUUUCCAGACAGCAGGCUCACAACCCUGUGUCUGUUAGUGUCUUACUGUGGUUUUUCAUGAAACAAAGCAAGCUGAUGGUUUUAUUUGCUCCUCCUGUGGCUCAGCUGUAUGUUCUUAGCACACCAGAAAUCACUGAAAGAU